AUGAAUCUCACUUGGACCAAGUUGGAGCCGAUACCCGAUCCCAUCCAUGGCUUGCCUUGUGCUCGGAGUUCACACGGUCUUUCGGUAGUUAACAACGGCCGUUGUCUGAUUUUGUACGGCGGUGAACACGUCGCUCGUACGCCCAUUGAAAGUGCGAGCUCGUGCUGGGCGCUGGAUGUUGACACCAAUGUGUGGCGGUUGAUCAAUGCGACUACUAAUUCCCCACCCAUCCGUAUUGCUCAUGCGCAGGCCGUACACAAUGACCAGAAUGUCUACGUUUUUGGUGGACGCGCUGGUAUUACCAUGGAAGAAAAAGCCAUGAAUGAUCUCUGGAAAUUGGAUGCUUCAGGAGAACCAGGAACAGAAAAGUGGACGCAAAUUUUUCCCCAAACGGAUAUUAUUCCUGAGGCACGAUCCUUUCACCGGAUGCUAUGUAUUGGCGAUAGUUUGUUUGUCUUUGGUGGCUGUGGGCAAGUUUCGGGUCGUUUGAACGAUCUGUACCGAUUUGACUUGAACGCCAUGACGUGGCAUCUACUGGGAAACGCAGCGCUACGAGGGCGUGGGGGGCCCAAUCUCCUGUCUUUGGGAUCCGGGAACAAUUUGGCCGUCGUGGCUGGCUUUGCCGGCGAAGAGACAUGCGAUGGACAGGCCUUUGAUAUCUCGAAAUCAAUGUGGAAUAAGGAAAUGUUGUCUACGGGUCUACAAGGUAUGCGGCCCCGCAGUGUGUCUGUUGCAGCAUCGUUUCCAAACACAGGGAUCGCGUUGAUAUUUGGCGGGGAGGUCGAUCCUUCUGAUCGUGGACACGAAGGUGCGGGUGGGUUCGAAAAUGAUAUCGUAAUUUUGGAUGAGAAAACAGGUGCCCUCAAGGAAACGAUUCUUUCAGCCAACUCCGGAAACUGGCCUGGUCCCCGCGGCUGGUCAGCUGGAGAUGCACACGAAGAUUCCAACGGGGGUUCGCAGCUUUUUCUCUUUGGUGGACUGUCCGGCGACGAUGAAAACCCUACCAGACUAAAUGAUCUCUGGCGAUUGGAGAUUGCAUGCUAAGGUUUGCCGUUAACACUCGAAAAUGCUUGACAGUAUCACAAAUGCAAUUUACUAAAUCAUUAAACGAGCAAGUAUAUUUAC